CAAAAAUCUGCAAUGCAGUCUGGGAGCUGUCAGUUGGAUUGUUUGGGCUUUGUGACUGUAUCCAGGGGCUGAUAAUGGCGACAGCCGUUUAAAUCACCAAGACAAACACAAGGAAAGCUAUGAAUAAUGUAGAUAUGAUUAGCUAUAUAUUACUGGCUCGCAAGCCUUCUGUGUCUUCAUGACAAGUGUCACAGCGUGCUUAAUCGAGUGACACCGGGGCCCAGCGCAGCGCAUCAGCAGCAACAUAACGAAGAAGAGUCGGAAUCGGAAGCCAAGCUGACGUUAGCUUGCCUAUGAUACAGCUGCUGACAGCUGUGUCCUUUAUCCGUUAGUCGUUUUCUGAGUAGUGUCAGUUGUUCAGCAAUAUCUUAAUAACGGGAUGAUGUGUGUCGGUGAGCCCGGUGUUGCCCUGUAGCCGACCAAUCAGAGGGGAGGAUGAACGCGGAGGAGGUGGAGCUUCUGAGCGACUCCAAGUACAGGAACUAUGUGGCAGCCGUGGACAAGGCCCUCAAGAACUUUGAGUACUCCAGCGAAUGGGCCGACCUCAUCUCAGCACUGGGGAAGCUCAACAAGGUGCUCCAGAACAAUGCCAAGUACCAGGUGGUGCCUAAGAAGCUGACGAUUGGCAAACGGCUGGCCCAGUGUCUCCACCCGGCGCUGCCCAGCGGCGUGCACCGCAAGGCCCUGGAGACCUACGAGAUCAUCUUCAAGAUCAUCGGGCCCAAGAGGCUGGCCAAGGACCUGUUUCUCUACAGCGCUGGGCUCUUCCCCUUGCUGUCCAACGCAGCCAUGUCAGUGAAGCCAGCGCUGCUGGGCCUGUACGAGACCUACUACCUGCCGCUGGGGAAGACCCUCAAACCAGGCCUGCAGGGCCUGCUCACCGGGGUGCUGCCCGGCCUGGAGGAGGGCUCCGAAUACUACGACAGGACCAACGCGCUGCUGGAGAAGGUGGCGGGGGCGGUGGAGCAGUGUGCCUUCUACAGCGCCCUGUGGGGCAGCAUCCUCACCAGCCCGGCCGUGCGGCUGCCGGGCGUCACCUUCGUCCUGCUGCACCUCAACCGCAAGCUCUCCAUGGAGGACCAGCUCUACGUCAUGGGCAGCGACAUCGAGCUCAUGGUGGAGGCGGUGAGCACGUCCGUGCAGGACUCCAGCGUCCUGGUCCAGAGGAGCACGUUGGACCUCAUCCUGUUCUGCUUCCCUUUCCACAUGAGCCAGGCCACCCGGCCCGACAUGAUCCGCAUCCUGUCGGCCGCCCUGCACGUGGUCCUGAGGAGAGACAUGUCCCUCAACCGCAGGCUGUAUGCCUGGCUGCUGGGCUUCGACAACAACGGUGUGAGAACAGGUCCACGCAGCACCCGACAGAGCAACCCAGAGGAGCACGCCACUCUGUACUUCAACACCUACUCCAAGGACAUGCUGGUUCAGGCCAUGGUGGAGAUCCUGCAGGGUAAGGCGCGAGGAGGAGAGGAGGAGAGCGUCCUGAUGCACGACCUCAAGCCCUUCCGCAUUCUCAUCAGUCUGCUGGACAAACCAGAGCUGGGCCCAGCGAUCCUGGAGGACGUGCUGAUUGAGGUGUUCCGGACCUUACACACGCAGUGCCGGACCGAGCUGGACCUGCAGAACCACAGCCCCUUCAGCAAGGACCACGCGCAUCUCAGCAGCAAGCUGCGUGAGAACAAGAAGACCGCUGAGCUGAUCAAAACGGCUAACCUGCUCUUCAACUCGUUCGAGCCCUACUACAUGUGGGACUACAUCGCCCGCUGGUUCGAGGAGUGCUGCAGGAGAACAGCCAAUGGCAACGCACAUCCCGCCAGGCUUGCGUGGAGCGUUGAGUCUCCAGAGCUUUCGUUGGUGGAGUUCUGUCAGCUGGUGGACUUCCUAUUGGACAUUGUGUCCCUGCCUACUAGAAGCAUGAGGGUGAUCUGCCAGGAGACGUACAUCGAGAUCCAGACGGAGCACCUCCCCCUCCUGCUCCUCCGGAUGGUGGCGGCCCUCACCGGCCAGCUGCCCUCCCUGGGCCUGGGGGAGCUCACCCACUGCCUGCGCCUCUGCUCCAAGAUCCUCAGCAAGGUGCAGCCCCCCCUGGUGUCCCCCCUGGCCCUGCCCCCCGCCGGCCCCUCCGGGUCCAAGGCCCCCACCUCAGCCAGGGACAAGGAGGAGAGACGGCCCCUCCCCACCACACUGGAGCUGCCGGAGGAGGGAGAGGUGCUCGAGGGGGAGGCCACCCCCACCGGCGGGCACCCCUCCGAGGGCGUCUUCUCCGACUUCGUCCAGUACCAGGAGGGCGGCGGUGAGGAGCCGGACCUCGGCGGGCCCGAGGAGGCCCAGCCCUGCCCCAGGACCAGCCGCAGGGGCCCCAGCCCGGCCCAGGCCAAGCCCCAGGACAAGCCCGUGAUGCAGAGCUGCCUGGAGCACUUCCAGCUCUUCCUCUCCCGCCUCAUCACCCUGUACAUCACCCCUGGGGAGGGCCAGGGGCGGGGGGAGGGCCAGGGGGGGGAGAUGGUGCGGGCAGGGCCCCCGGUUCCGGAGGUCACCCAGCAGAAUGGGCACGCGACGCGACCAGGCCCGGUGGUAGCGGGAGCUGGCCCGGCCAGUCAGCCUGCCUCCGCCCCGGGCCAGAGGGAGUGUCUGCCGGCCUUCACCGCCGCCUGUCAGCUCUUUCUGGAAUGUUCCAGCUUCCCCGUCUACAUCGCCGAGGGCAACCUCAAGUCUACAUCCACCCUGGACGAGCGACCUGAUGGGGAGCAGGUGCGUCCAUCUGUCUGGCUGCAGACCCUGAUGGACGCCUGCUGUGUGGGCGGAGACUUCAGCCUGCAGGGCGUGGCCAUCUCCCUGCUCAUGGACCAGGUGGGCCUCACGCAGUCCGUCGCCAUGGUGUCCGCCGAGAGCAUCGGCGGGCCCGACUCCGCCCCGCCCAUGAGCCCGAGCCAGGGCCGCGUCGCCGUGGUGAUCCGGCCGCCCCUCACUCAGGGAAUCUUGAAGUACAUCGCGGAGAAGACCGACUUCUUCAAGAGCGUGGCCCUGACCCUGUGGGAGCAGCUGGGGGAGGCCACCCCCCAGCACCACCAGCGCAGCGUGGAGCUCUUCUACCAGCUGCACAACCUGGUGCCCUCCUCCAGCAUCUGUGAGGACGUCAUCAGCCAGCAGCUCAUGCACCGGGACAAGUGGAUCCGUCUGGAGGCUCAUGUGAAGUUCUCAGUGUUGUGGCACCUGACCAGAGACCUGAACAUCACCAAGUCCUCUCCCUUCAACCGCACCUUCGACAGGUCUCUGUUCAUCAUGCUGGACAGCCUGAGCUACUGGGACCCGUCGGCCAGCGCCGUGGGCCGGGCCUGGCUCAACCAGGUCCUGCAGAGGCACGACAUCGCCCGCGUCCUGGAGCCCCUCCUGCUGCUGCUGCUGCACCCCAAGACCCACCGCGUGUCUGUCCAGAGGGUCCAGAGCCAGCGCCACUGGGCCCAGGCGUGCCCGGGCCAGCCGGAGCACGACCCGUCGGAGCCCAUCUACAUGAGGGACUCGGGCUUCUCAGACAACUUCAACCAGGUUCAGGGCGAGUUCCUGAGGGCGGGCCCCGAGCACCUGCGAGGCCUGCCAUUGGGUGACAUGGAGCCCUUCAGCCUGACGGUCAACCCUCUGAGCGACAGCCUGUCCCUGCUGAGCCUGAGCAGUGAGAACCUGCAGUACCAGCCCUCCGACCAGCAGGCGGAGCCAGGGAGCUCCGAGUCCAGCGCCUCCCGCUCCUCCACGCUGGACCAGGGCAGCUUCGAGGAGCAGGAGGGGGGGGGCACGGCUCUAGGGGGGCCGGACGCCCCCCCAGCGGACAGCCAGACCGGGGAGGAGGAGGAGGAGGAGGAAGAUGAGGAUGAGGAUGAGGGUUCUAUUGAAGAAGUGGUGGCCUCAGUGCUGGCUGCGGUCAUAGACCAGGUGGUGGUUGAGGUGGAUGAGGGUGAGGUGGAUGAGGGUGAGGUGGAUGAGGGUGAGGUGGAUGAGGGUGAGGUGGAUGAGGGUGAGGUGGAUGAGGGGGAGGUGGAUGAGGGGGAGGUGGAUGAGGUGGAGGCGGAGCCCCCGACCCCCCCGGAGGCCUGGCCCCCGAGCGACUCGGACAGCUGCUCCUCGGACACCUCCACUGGGACCCCCCUCGCCCUGGACACCCCCGGGCCCCCCCCCCACCCCCAGACCCUUCCUGAGAUGCUAGCGGGGGGCACCCUGGAGUUCCUGUCCGUCGCCCUGGAGACGACGGGGGGCGCGGAGGAGGAGCCGGAGGAGCCUCGCGAGGUCAUGACCCGCCACAGCUCCUCCCCUUCCAUCGUGAUGCAGACGGACGGCCCCGCCCCGCCGGACCACACCCUGCGGGUGGACGACGCCCAGGCGCGCAAACGCAGCCACAGCUCCACCCAGCUCAGCCUGCGGGGGAAGAUCCUGGAGCGGCUGGCCGACAAGUCCCCCGGCGCCAAGCCCAAGGUGAUGAAGAGGAGCCGGAGGAAGGAGGAGGAGCGCCACAGGAAGGCCCUGCAGGCCGAGAAGGCCCGCCCCCCCAGCAUCUUCUUCGGGGACAGCCUCGACCUGGAGAACUGGUACAGCUGCGGCGAGGGCGAGGUGUCCGAGAUCGAGAGCGACGCCGGCUCGCCUGGCGGCGGCGCCGGGGUCAGCCCGGCGGGUCGGCGGCCGUCGGCGGCGCUCCCCCGCUUCAACAUCCACCCGCUCUACCAGCACGUGCUGCUCUACCUGCAGCUCUACGACUCGUCGCGGGCCCUCCACGCCCUCUCCGCCGUCGCCGCCAUGCUGCGGGCGGCACCGGCCGGCUUCGUGGGCGCCAUCGCCACCACCAGCAUCAACAACACGUACACGGCCCAGCUCAGCCUCCUGCAGAACCUGCUCGUCCGCCACCGCGUCUCCGUGAUGGGCAAGGACUUCUACUGCCCGCUGGCGCAGGACUCGUCGCACUCGUACCGCAGCGCCAUGUUCCUGGAGAUCAUCAUCGCCCUCUGCCUGUACUUCCUGCGCAGCUACUACUCGGCCCACGUGGCGGCCGCCCCCGGCGACCUGGCGGGCAACCGGGCCAUGCAGCUCACCAGCCUGGAGGUGCUCACGCUGCUGUUCAGCGAGCUGGCCAAGGUGACGGACGGCUCGGCCAAGGGCUUCGCCUGCUUCAUCGGCGACGUGCUGUCCAAGUGCAAAGUGCAGAAGGUCCUCCUCCACUGCCUGCUGUCGUCCAUCUUCUCGGCGCAGAAGUGGCACGAGCAGCGGGCGGCGGCGGCGGCGGGCACGGCCGACGCGCCGGCGACCGAGGAGGGCCUGUCGGAGGACGGCGUCAUCAACCUGUCGGAGGACCAGCUGGACGGCUGCAGCGCCGUGCAGUCGCAGCUGCUGCGGCUGCUGCAGAGCCUGGUGGCGCUGGAGCACCGCGUGCUGGGCCCCGGCGACGAGGCCGGGGACGGGGGCGGGGGGGGAGGAGGCGUCGGAGGAGGGGGCGGAGGAGGGGGCGCCGGGGCCGGGUUCGAGCUGCUGGGCGGCGACGUGGAGCACGUCAACCCGCAGCAGCCCAUGACGUCGCUGCAGUACCUGCACGGCCAGCCAAUCACGGGCCAGGGCAUGUUCCUGUGCGCGGUGAUCCGGGCGCUGCACCAGCACCACGCCUGCAAGAUGCACCCCCAGUGGAUCGGCCUCAUCACCGCCACCCUGCCUUAUAUGGGCAAGGUUCUGCGGCGGGUCGUCGCCUCGGUAACGCUGCAGCUGUGCAGGAACCUGGACAACCUGAUCCAGCAGUACCGCUAUGAGACUGGGAGCACUGACAUCAGACCCCAGUGGAUGGCCCUGUGCCUCCCCCCAGACCUCAUCCUGACCGUGCUGGAGGGAGUGACCGCCAUCAUCCACUACUGCCUGCUGGACCCCACCUCCCAGUACCACCAGCUCCAGGUGAGCGUAGACCAGAAGCACCUGGCCGAGGCCCGUUCAGGCAUCCUGUCCAUCCUGCACACCAUCAUGGCGUCCGUCACCCUGCUGUGGAGCGUUCUCUACCAGGCCGACAGCUCUGAUAGGCCGGCCGCCGCCUGCGCCGCCUCCACCUCCAACAUCAACCUGGGCUCCACCAAGAACCUGCGUCAGCAGAUCCUGGAGCUGCUGGGGCCCAUCUCCAUGAACCACGGAGCUCACUUCAUGGCCGCCAUCGCCUACGUCUGGAACGAGAGGAGGCAGGUCAAGACUCCCGCCAGGAACAAGGUGAUCCCUGCGGCUAGUGACGAGCAGCUCCUAUUGGUGGAGCUGGUGCGGUCUGUGAGCGCCAUGAGGACGGAGACGGUGAUGCAGACGGUGAAGGAGGUCCUCAAGCAGCCGCCCGCCAUCGCCAAGGACAAGAAGCACUUGUCUCUGGAGGUGUGCAUGCUGCAGUUCUUCUACGCUUACGUCCAGAGGAUCCCAGUCUCCAGUCUGGUGGACAGCUGGCCGUCUCUGCUGGCUCUGCUCAAGGACUCUGUCCAGCUGGGGCUGCCUGCGCCUGGACAGUUCCUUAUACUGGGAGUUCUGAAUGAGUUUAUUCUGAAGAACCCUAACCUGGAGAGCAAGAAGGACCAGAGAGAGCUGCAGGAUGUGACCCAUAAGAUCGUGGAGGCCAUCGGCACCAUCGCCGGCUCCUCCCUGGAGCAGACCACCUGGCUGAGGAGGAACCUGGAGGUCAAGGCCUCCCCUCAGAUAGUGGUGGAUGGGGCCAGUCUGGAGACAGACGUAGAGGACCUUAUGCUGACAGUGAUGGAAGCGUCCAGCUUCACCCCAUCUGUCUACAGCGUGCACGCCCUUACUCUGCUAGCUGAGGUUCUAGCACACCUGCUGGACAUGGUGUUCUACAGUGAUGAGAAGGAGAGGGUGAUCCCUCUGCUGGUCAACAUCAUGCACUACGUCGUGCCCUACCUCCGCAACCACAGUGCCCACAACGCGCCCAGCUACCGUGCGUGCAUCCAGCUGCUGAGCAGCCUCAGUGGCUACCAGUACACCCGGCGCGCCUGGAAGAAGGAGGCCUUCGACCUCUUCAUGGACCACACCUUCUUCCAGAUGGACUGUUCCUGCGUCAGCCACUGGAGAGCCAUCAUUGACCACCUGAUGACCCACGACAAAACCACCUUCAGAGACCUGAUGACGCGCGUGGCCGUGGCCCAGAGCAGCUCUCUGAACCUGUUCACUAACCGAGACGCAGAGCUGGAGCAGAGAGCCAUGCUUCUCAAACGCCUGGCCUUCACCAUCUACAGCAGCGAGGUGGACCAGUACCAGAAAUACCUUCCUGACAUCCAGGAGCGUCUGGUGGAGAGUCUGAGGCUGCCCCAGGUUCCCAUCCUGCACGCUCAGGUCUUCCUGUUCUUCAGAGUGCUGCUGCUUCGCAUGUCCCCCCAGCACCUCACCUCUCUCUGGCCCACCAUGAUCACCGAACUGGUGCAGGUGUUUCUCCUGAUGGAACAGGAGCUGCUAGCGGAUGAAGAUAUCUCCAGGACGUGUGGUCCGUCGGUGGCCGGUCUGGAGACCACCUACUCUGGAGGGAACGGUUUCUCCACCUCCUACAACAGCCAGCGCUGGCUCAACCUCUACCUGUCUGCCUGCAAGCUGCUGGACCUGGCCCUGGCCCUGCCCUCCGAGAGCCUGCCCCAGUUCCAGAUGUACCGCUGGGCCUUCAUCCCGGAGGCGUGUGAUGACGCUGGUCUGGAGGUCCGUCGUCAGGGAACCCACCAGAGGGAGUUCAAACCCUACGUGGUCCGCCUGGCCAGGCUGCUCAGGAAGAGGGCCAAGAAGAACCCAGAGGAGGACUGCUCCAGUCGGAGUCUCUCCUGGGAGCCGGGACACCUCCUCCUCACCCUCUAUGUGAUCCGGAGCAUGGAGCAGCUCCUCCCAUUCUUCAACCUGCUCAGCCAGGUGUCCAAUAGCAAGGUCGGCAGCCGUUCCGGUCCCGCCCCCAGCCCCACUCCCAGCCACGCCUCCAUCUCCAGCAAGGACGGGAAGCUGGAGAGCCAAAAGGUGUUCUGGAGCCGCGCGCGUCAGGACAUCGAGGAGAUGGUGGAGAAGGACUUCCUAGAGGGACUGAUCAAGACGUGAACCCCAAGGAACCUCAUCAGGAAGGAAGCGUCAAGAAAUGUAAAAUAAAAAAGGCGUUUUUAAUGUUCUAAAGGGAUCUCUACUGCUAUAUAGGAGCCAAAGGGAGCUCAAAGAUGCUCCAUUCCUCGCUGAGCAACAGGAAGUUGAGAGGAAGUACUUGAAUAAGUAGACAGGAAGUAGACUAUAAACACUAGUGAAAUAACCUCAAACCUGUACAUAAUAAGGGAAUAUCAACGAAAAAAACAAAGUUUGUACAUUUUUUUCCUGUUUUUGUAUUUAUAUCAACUUGUAUUUUACUUUUCAAAAGCUAUUCUAUUUCGUUUUAAUGAUUUGUAUAUAGGGGAAACUGUGCUAACUGACUCUAACAUUCUGUGUGGAAGUCCACUGGGGCUUGUGUUUCAUUCCAUAUUGAUGUGACUUAUGAAAUAAAGACUUGGAGGAA